AUGGAUAUUACACUCAUCCAGUCUCCAGAGGGAAACAUCACUGGAGGCGUGUAUUUCACUUACAACCCAUCCGAACCCGCUGCCUACGGAUUCACGGCUCUUUUCGCAUUACUCACUUUGGCACAUAUAAUCAACAUGUUUCCACUGCGGUCAUGGUAUUUUAUAAGUUUUAUCCUAGGUGGAAUAUGCGAGACUUUUGGGUACUAUGGACGGAGUAAAUGCCACGACAACAUCAGUGAUAUUGGUCCUUGGAUCCUGCAAAUGAUCCUUAUUCUAGGCGCGCCUACCUUUCUUGCAGCUUCGGUCUAUAUGACACUCGCGCGACUUACCGUAGCCCUAGGAGCAGAAGAACAUUCGAUGAUUAGUCCACGAUGGUUGACCAAGAUUUACGUUCUGAUCGACGUACUUUGUUUUUUUAGUCAAUUUCUGGGAGCAGGAGUCCAAGCUUCUGGCGACGCAACAGUCAUAUCCGUUGGAAACAAAGUCAUUCUCGGCGGUCUCAUAUUCCAAAUUAUAGCAUUCUUCUUCUUUCUUUAUAUGGCCUGGCGUAUCGGUGCCCGUUUCGAAAAAAGUCAAGAAACUCAUCCGAGUAGCCUUCGUUAUCCGGAACUCGAAAGGGGGUGGAAGAAGUACUUUCGAGCUUUAUACGCAGUCAGCGUACUACUCAUUAUUCGAAACUUGAUGCGUGCGAUUGAGUAUGGACAGCAGGCAACCGGCGGAGGCUUUACAUUUGCUACAAGAAACGAUGAUGGAACUCUCACUUAUUCCGGACACCGUUCCAAGAAAAUUGGAGAUAUAGAAGCGUUACUUUAUGUAUUUGAUGCUACGCCAAUGUUCCUGGUGGUUUUGAUAUUCCUUAUAAUUCAUCCGGGGAAAUUCAUCAAGAGGGCUCGUGUUGUAAAGGGGGAAAGAUUAUCAGUCACUGAGAUGGAAUCUCUGACGAAAUGA